CAAUGAUGUUGUCCACUGGGCAUAUGCUGAAGAUUGUUACAGGUCUGAGAAAAUAGCUACAGCUGAAAUCUGAAAGCUGGGGGCAAGGAAGAGGCUUGAAUCUCGAGGUGGGACGUUGACUCUAAGAUGUCCUUGAGCAGUGGAGCCUCCGGAGGGAAAGGAGUAGAUGCAAACCCAGUUGAAACGUAACGACAGUGGGGGAAUGAGUGGGACAUUGGAGUAGGCAAUCUCAUCAUUGACCUGGACGCUGACCUGGAGAAGGACCAGCAGAAACUGGAGAUGUCAGGCUCGAAAGAGGUGGGGCUACCAGCCCCCAAUGCUGUGGCCACACUGCCGGACAACAUCAAGUUUGUGACCCCAGUGCCAGGACCAACAAGGGAAAGAAGGCAAAUCAAAAUCCAAAAGGAGUAAGAGUGGCAAGGACAGUUGGAAAGCCACCCCAGGGGCUUCCAUGUUCACAGCAAGUGAAGGGGCAUCUGGGUAAGAAAAAGCGCUCAGGGAACGCUCAGGGGAUGGUGCUAAUGCAGGAAGCCUGGUAACUGCUAUUGCCCCCAAGGGUUCAGAGAAGGCUGCUAAGGCAUCCAGAAAUGGUGGCAAGCUCUAAGAAAGAGAAGGAGAGUAACUCAUCAAAGAGCAAGAAAAGAAAGAAACGAGGGAGUGGGGACUUGUUCAGAGAAGGAUUCUGGGUUCUUCAGCCUCUUGCCUGGAGGACGGGCAGCCAGUACGAUGAAGUGCGAGGGGUGGACACUGGAACUACAGAGCCACUUGGGAGUAUAGCCAUUGAGCCAGGGACAGCACUUAAUCUUUGGGAGUUAAGCAGGAGCCAGAGGAAGGGGAAAGCGAGUGCCGUCCCACUGAAGAAAGUCAAGUCUGAGAAGAUGGAAUCCCCUGUCUCCACACCAGCUGUACUGCCACUGCAUCUUUUAGUUCCAGUGGUCAGCAAUGAUAUCUCCUCCCCCUGUGAGCAGAUCAUGGUUAGAACCCGCUCUGUAGGAGUGAACACCUGUGAUGUGGCAUUGGCUACAGAACCUGAGUGCCUAGGCCCCUGUGAACCUGGGACCAGUGUCAACCUAGAGGGUAUUGUGUGGCAAGAAACAGAAGAUGGUAUGUUGGUGGUGAAUGUGACAUGGAGGAACAAGACCUAUGUGGGCACCCUUCUUGACUGCACACGUCAUGAUUGGGCACCCCCCAGGUUCUGUGACUCCCCCACCAGCGACCUAGAGAUGCGCAACGGUCGAGGCAGAGGUAAGCGCAUGCGUCCCAACAGCAACACACCUGUAAAUGAGACAACUGCGGCUUCUGACAACAAGGGGACCAGCAACAGCAGCAAGACCCGGGCAGGGGCUAAUAGCAAAGGCCGCCGGGGCAGCCAGAAUUCCUCAGAGCAUCGCCCUCCCCCAAGCACGACCACUGAGGAUGUCAAGGCCAGCCCUUCCUCUGCCAACAAGCGGAAAAACAAACCCCUCUCUGACAUGGAGCUGAACUCUAGUUCUGAGGACUCAAAAGGGAGCAAGCGGGUCCGAACAAACUCCAUGGGCUCAGCCACGGGGCCUCUUCCUGGGGUCAAGGUAGAGCCUGCCAUCUUAGAUAGAAAUUGCCCCUCCCCGGUCCUCAUUGACUGCCCCCACCCAAACUGCAACAAAAAAUACAAGCACAUCAAUGGACUCAAGUAUCACCAGGCCCAUGCGCACACUGAUGAUGACAGCAAGCCAGAAGCUGAUGGAGACAGUGAAUACGGGGAGGAGUCCUCCCUGCACACAGACCUCGGAAGCUGUAAUGGCGCCUCUGUCUCCCAGAAAGGCUCCCUAUCCCCUGCUCGCUCAGCCACCCCAAAAGUCCGACUGGUAGAACCCCAUAGCCCCUCUCCUUCAAGCAAAUUCAGCACAAAGGGCCUCUGUAAGAAGAAAUUGGGAGGGGAAGGGGACACAGACCCCGGGGCUCUGUCCAAUGAUGGCUCUGAGGAUGGUCCCUCAGUAGUGGAUGAGACAAGCAAUGAUGGCUUUGAUUCAUUGGAGAAGAGAUGUUUGGAAAAGGACAAAUCUAAAAAACCUUCUAGUUCCAAACCCGAAAAGAUUCCUUCCAAGAGCUUAAAGUCAGCCCGGCCUAUUGCCCCUGCUAUUCCCCCACAACAGAUCUACACCUUUCAGACGGCCACCUUCACGGCAGCCAGUCCAGGCUCUUCCUCUGGUUUGACUACUACCGUCGUCCAGGCCAUGCCCAAUAGCCCCCAACUUAAACCCAUUCAACCCAAGCCUACUGUGAUGGGAGAGCCUUUCACUGUCAACCCUGCACUGACCCCUGCCAAGGACAAGAAGAAGAAAGAAAAAAAGAAGAAGGAGUUGAAGGAACUUGAAAACCCCCUGACUCCUGGAAAGGUUUGCCGAGCUGAAGAAGGCAAGAGCCCAUUCCGGGAGUCAUCCGGUGAUGAUCGGACCAAAAGUGAGGGGCUCCUUAAUGGCUCCUCAGACCCCCACCAGAGCCGACUGGCCAGCAUCAAAGCUGAGGCUGACAAGAUCUACAGCUUCACCGAUAAUGCCCCCAGUCCCUCCAUUGGCAGCAGCAGUCGAUUGGAUAGCACAACUCCUGCCCAGCCCAUGACUCCCCUGCAUGUGGUCACUCAGAAUGGAGCAGAAGCUGGUUCUGUUAAGAACAACAGUCCUGCAUACUCUGAUAUAUCAGAUGCUGGAGAGGAUGGGGAAGGCAAGGUAGACAGCAUCAAAUCAAAAGACCCUGACCAGUUAGUAAAAGAAGGGGCUAAGAAAACUCUUUUCCCCCCUCAGCCCCAGAGCAAAGACUCUCCCUAUUACCAAGGCUUUGAGACCUACUACUCCCCAGGCUACCCACAGUCCAGCCCAGGGACUCUGAACCCCACCAGCCAGACUGGAGUGGAGAGCCAGUCACUGAAGGCGAAGAAGGACGAGGAACCUGAGAACGCUGAGGCAAAAGUGAAAAGCGAGGCUUGCGAGGAUAAGAAACCUGAGCUGAGCAGUUCGAGCCAGCAGCCUUCUGUCAUUCAGCAGCGCCCUAAUAUGUACAUGCAGUCAUUGUAUUAUAACCAGUAUGCCUACGUUCCCCCCUAUGGCUACAGUGACCAGAGCUAUCAUACCCACCUUCUCAGCACCAACACUGCUUACCGCCAGCAGUAUGAAGAACAGCAGAAGCGACAGAGCUUGGAGCAGCAGCAGCAGCAGCAGCAGCGGGGGCUAGAGAAGAAGGUGGAGCUGAGCCUGAAGGAGCGGGAGGCCGCUCUCAAGGAGGAGUGGAAACAGAAGCCCUCAGUGCCACCGACACUCACCAAGGCCCCAAGCUUGACAGACCUUGUGAAGUCGGGGCCUAGUAAGGCCAAAGAGCCAGGGGCUGAUCCUGCCAAGUCUGUCAUCAUUCCCAAGCUAGAGGAUUCCUCCAAACUCCCCAGCCAGGCAGCUGAGGGACUCAAGGUGAAACUGAGCGAGGCCAGCCACCUGGGCAAGGAGGCCUCAGACUCCAAAGCAGCCACUGAGUGUGGCCGGCAGACAGACGUGGAUCCAGUGCUCUGGUAUCGACAGGAGACGGAACCUCGAAUGUGGACAUACGUUUAUCCUGCCAAGUACUCAGAUAUUAAGUCAGAAGAUGAGCGGUGGAAGGAGGAGCGGGAUCGGAAGUUGAAGGAGGAAAGAAGUCGGAGUAAAGACUCUGUUCCCAAGGAGGAUGGAAAAGAGAGCACAAGUGGCGAUUGUAAACUGCCCCCCUCAGAAGAGUCCCGCCUUGGGGGCAAGGAGCCCCGGCCCAGCGUCCAUGUGCCUGUGUCCUCCCCUCUCACCCAGCACCAGUCUUAUAUUCCCUAUAUGCACGGCUACUCCUACAGCCAGUCCUAUGACCCAAAUCAUCCCAGCUACCGAGGCAUGCCUGCCGUCAUGAUGCAGAACUACCCAGGUUCCUAUUUGCCCUCUAGCUACUCCUUCUCCCCAUAUGGUAGCAAGGUCUCAGGGGGUGAAGAUGCUGACAAGGCAAGAGCCAGCCCCAGUGUGAGCUGCAAGUCCAGCUCAGAGUCCAAGGCCCUGGACAUCUUGCAACAGCAUGCCAGCCACUACAAGAGCAAGUCUCCCACGAUAAGUGAGAAGGCUUCUCAAGAGAGAGACCGAGGAGGCUGCGGGGUGGUAGGGAGUGGUGGAGGCUGCAGCAGCGUCGGGGGAGCCAGUGGGAGUGAGAGGAGUGUAGACCGACCUCGGACCUCCCCGUCUCAGCGCCUGAUGUCCACACACCACCACCACCACCACUUAGGGUACUCACUCCUUCCUGCACAGUAUAACCUGCCCUAUGCAGCAGGUCUUUCCUCUACAGCCAUUGUUGCCAGCCAGCAAGGCUCAGCUCCCUCACUCUAUCCACCCCCCCGGAGGUGAGAAUGGACCUGAAGCUCUGGGAUAAUGUGGGCUCUGAGGCCGGUGACCCAAGGAGGUGCUGGAGGUGCCAUUAGACAUCAGUUGAACGGUGUUGAUCAUCCUGUUGGCCAUUCUCACGGAGACUGGAGGCAGAUCCUUGGCAGUCUCCCCUCCAUAAGACCCCUGGACUCCCCGUCCCUCCCUCCUCCUCAGGAGCCGGAGAGCUGGUACUUAGCAAAAGUAUUUAUUCUCUUGGCCGCAAUGACUGUUGUGGUCACAGCAGGGGUAAAGGCAUCGGUUGUAAUCUGGGGGCAUUGCUUCAGGCCCAGGGAAGUCACUGCUCCAUUUCCUGAGCCCCCUCUCCAGCCAAGAGACCCCAUCAUGGUCACCCUCAGGGGACGCACCCCAGAAACCAGGUGGGGUCUGAAGAAAGCGCGGCAAUCACACCCCAUCUCUACCACCACCAGACCCUUCAUCUCCCCAGAAGCUGGGGCUCCAGGGGCUGGAAGCAAGCAGAGGAAUUAGAAUCUCAGGAAAGAAAUUUUAGGGCUGUUUUCUCUGUGAUUGUGAAAACAAAGUCAUCAGAAAUGAAGAUCCCUUCUCCCCCUUCCCUAUGCACAUAUGUGUGUGCCUGUGCUAAGAGCCUAACCUGUACAGGAACACCCAUGCCCCUACCCAGAGGACCCAAGAGGGAGGCUUCUAUACCCUUAACCCCAGCACCAGCACAGAGCCCACCUACUGGAUCCCCCUGGGAGAGCUGGGAACUAUAAUUUGAGUAUCAACAAUAUAAAAAUGGAGCCUUCUUCCCCAUCCUUCCUCCUUUUCAAGAUCCUGCUGUUUGUUUGCCUCCCAAUUCCUUUCCCUUCUUUCCGCCUUUUUAACUCCUUAGCCUUUUCUUUCUUCUUCCCCCACCUCACCUCUUCUUUCCUUCCCAGUGCCCAACUCUCAGGCAGAGGAAAAUACCACCUACUUCUGAUAUGGGAAACCUGGGGUCCGUCAGGGGCUAGAAACUCUCAAAGCUGCCUUUUCUUCCUAGGGUAGCGCUAGGGAGACAGCCCCUGGAGUACCCAGAAGAUCUUGGAGACACUGUCCAGUCAGCCAUCUCUGUGUCCUCCUCAUUUAGGGCUAUGCACACGUGCAACCCUUGUCCCUUUCUGUACAUGUGUACUUGAUUUUAUAUAACUCUCUAACCUCCAUGUGUGCCAAUAUAAGCCGUGUUUAUAUGUAAUACACGUCUAUUUUAUAGGGGUUGUUGGCUGGGGGAGGUUUGUUGGACCUUAGGCCCUUAAGAAAAGAGGUUUUGAAGAUCAGAGAUUCUCCCUCCCCUUCCCCCUUGGAUGGGGAUCUCAAGCCAGCACUGAGCCUGCUGCCUUGCCUCUGGAAGAUGUGGACCGAAGGGGGCAGGGCAACUGGGCUUUAAGGACCUCUAAGGAUGUUGCUUCCAGAGAUCAGCCCCUAGGCUCUUUGAGGGAACUCGUUGGGGGUUAUUUCUUCCCUCCCCUUUCCCCUCGGGUCUCUGGGAGAGAAGCCCGGCCAGGCUGGGUAGUGGAAAGCUCUUUGUGACCCGGGUGCCAGUUGGGAAUAGGAACCUGGCUCUGGCUCUGAUUCCUAGGGUAGCAGGGUUAUUGGGGCAAGCACACACCCAGCCGAAGUGGUUUUCUAAGAAUUGUGGGGAUCCCUGGAGGUCAAACAGAUGGGGGCAGUCAGCCUCCAGGGUUUUCCUCUUUGGGGAUCUAUACCUCUCCCCUUUGCCCUAGUUGGGUCCGAAGCCUCCUUCCUCUGCAAAGCUGCUGUUUUCAGACCUCAUCGCAGCCCAUCAAGCAGUCACCCUCUCCCACUAAUUAUUCUCCCUACUUUAUACUGCUCCCAAUAGGCUGUGCUUGGAGCAGUGACUUCCCUUCAAGGAGGCUACUGGACUGGGGUCCAGGUCCCCUCCCCUGCAAUCAGCCACCACUCAAGAGCUCAUGCUGGGGCCUAGUCUGCAUUGUAACUUCCCAGGCUGCUGUGGGGCUGAGCCAGUGGCCCAUCUCACUGUUCCUGUUUGUUUUUAAAUAUUGUUGUGUGUUUUGUAUCUGUGGCGCUGUCCUACGGCGUGCUCUGUACAUACUGUAAAGAGGAAUUGUUUGGAAA